CCCUUCUUCCGCCAGGAACAAUCAUGGCGCCGAAGAGGAACUGGUUUAUGAAGGAGGAGCAGCAGCAGCAGCCCUAGCAAAGGGUCCAGGAGGAAGCGACGCUUUGUUUUUCCGGAAGUGGCUGCAGGGAGAAUGGAGUUGGGGGGCUGCAGGGUUGCAUUUGAGAAGGAUGGUGUCUACUUACACACCAGUGCAAAGCGUCAUCCUGAUCAAGAUUCACUCAUACCAGGGGUUAUCCGGAUAAUUGAAAAGGGUUCGGACACUUUGCUGCAAUGGACACCUGUAGAUGAGUCUUCAGAUGCUGCUCAGAUCGUGUAUACCAAGAAGGACCCUGUGGGCUGCCAGACUGAAGAAGAACUGUUUGAUCCAGGUUAUGAACCAGAUUGGGCUGUGAUCAGUACAGUGGGGACUCGAUCUCGGUCCCAGGAAGAAACAGAUGCUUCUGCACCAAAAUCUCCAGCUCCUCGUGGCCAGUGGGCUUUCUCUCUCAGCCUGUCCGAACUGAAGUCCAUCCGCAAGAGUAAGCCAGGUCUGGGCUGGUCCUACCUUAUCUUCAUCACCAAAGAUGGCAUCUCCAUUCAGGCCCUCCACUUUCACCGUGGAGGCACCAAGGCCCUACUCAAAGCUCUCUGCAAAUAUGUUAUCCUCGCCACCUCUCCCAAAGAUUCCCGUCUCUACCUGGUUUACACACACGACUCGUAUGCCCUCUCACACUCCUUUGAUGAACUUCAGCUAUUUGAUGACAGCUCUUCCAACCUGGUGUCGCGAUUCCUGCAGGAUCCUUAUGCUGCCACUUUUGGUGGCUUCUCCAAAGUCACCAAUUUCCUCCGUGGGGCUCUGCACCAGGAAGAUGGUAUGGCCCAGCAUUCCCAUGGUGAUCCAGCUGCUGCCAAUGUUGAAGAUGAGACCGGCUUUGAAGUUAUCACCUGUCAGGCACGGCUAGGAGAGCGGCCAUCUGUCCAGCGGGAGGCCCCAGUUACAGAGCAGGAAUGGGAGCAGCAUAUGGAUCCUGAUGGACGUGUGAGGGACCCCAUUGGAUUGCGCCGGAGGAUCUUUGCAGGCGGUCUCAGCAUGUCAUUACGUAAGGAUGCAUGGAAAUACCUCUUGAAGUAUUACUCCUGGGACAACACUAGUGAGGAGAACAAGGCACAAGUCAGGCGGAAAACAGAUGAGUACUUUCGCAUGAAGCUGCAAUGGAAGUCGGUCAGUGAAGAGCAGGAGCAACGGAACUCCUUGUUGCGAGGAUAUCGUAGCUUGAUUGAAAGGGAUGUAAGCCGCACCGAUAGGAAUAACAAAUUCUACGAAGGCAGUGAGAACCCUGGAUUGGUCCUCCUGAAUGAUGUGCUGAUGACCUACUGCAUGUAUAACUUUGACCUAGGUUAUGUCCAAGGCAUGAGUGAUCUCCUGUCCCCCAUUCUCUACAUCACCCAGAAUGAAGUGGAUGCCUUCUGGUGCUUUUGUGGUUUCAUGGAACUGGUGCACCGCAAUUUUGAAGAAAGCCAAGAGUCCAUGAAGCGACAGCUGUCCCAGCUCACUUUUCUCCUCAGAGUUCUGGAUCCCCCGCUUUGUGACUUUCUAGAUUCGAAGGAGUCUGGCACCUUGUGCUUCUGUUUCCGAUGGAUUUUGAUCUGGUUCAAGAGGGAAUUUGCCUUCUCUGAAAUUCUUCAGCUGUGGGAGGUGCUCUGGACAGGAUUGCCUUGCCCCAACUUCCAUAUGCUGGUGGCCUGUGGCAUUCUGGAUGCAGAGAGACAGGCUCUUAUGAACUCUGGCUUUGGCUUCAGUGAGAUCCUCAAGCACAUUAAUGAGCUCACAAUGAAGAUGAGUGUGGAGGACAUCUUAUGUCGGGCUGAGGCAAUCUACAGACAGCUGGCAGCUACUCCUGACCUACCCCGCAAUGUUCAGGAGCUGCUGGGCCUCUCGGAGGGCAAAUCCCCAACCCCGAGCACUGACACAGCCAGCUCACCCCAGCCACUGUCACCCAGCCAGGCCCAAGAGAUGGAAUUGACAGACAGUGUUUCCCCAAGCCAGCCGGACAGCAGCAUUGAAAUCCUGCCUACUGAGGAGGCCUCCACCUCUCAAUCUCUCUCUCCUUGAGAAUCUGUCAUCACUGACACCGUCUUCUUAACACAAGCACUUUAACUAUUGCAGGGUGAGGGCUGGAAAUAAGGCAGAGUGAGAUGGAAGUUAGAGGUGUUGUGUAUUCCCUGAAGUUCAAAUAGCUGUAGGAACAGUCAACACUCAUUAAAGGUAAAUGGGGCUUGGGAGCAGCUGUGUCCCCCCCCCCCCCGUUUCUCACCCUGCUCCCAUCCUAAGUUGCUCCGGAGGACCCCAGUGCUUGAUGUGCAUUGUGUGCCUUUCUCAUAAUGUACAGAGGUAUGGCCAUCUCUCUAAAAACACCCCAAGGAUUGGUGUAAAGUUCACCUUCUCUUCAUCAGAGGGGCAGAGAAAAUGGAAAGGGGCAAGUUAAUAGCUGUCAUGCAUUUUUCUUUUUCUAUCUUGGGUCCCUAACCCCUUAGAGUCUUCCUUUUGCUGCCACUGCUCCCAUUUCACUUCUAUCUGCAACUUUCAGGCUCAUUUGCUGAGCUUCAGACUGACGGUGACAUCUUUUUCUUCAGGAUGCUGAUGAAGCCUUUCUCUUUGACUAUGGGAGUUAGGAAACCCAGGUUCUUCAGUAAAGAGAAAGGAGGAAGAACAGAUUUAGAGCACUUUGUUAGCAGAAAGUUAGUCAGUGGGAGGAGGGCAGGUUCUCUCUGAAAGAAGCAUGGUGUCAGAGAGCACAGCAAGAGAUGCUGAAAAGCAGAGCUUUUAGGCUCUUUGGUCCUUUGCCAGGGAAUUCCUGUUGACGUAGCUCCUUGUGCUUUCCUUUUUUGGCUGGAGGAUUGUCUCCCUCCCUGGUUGCCGCAUUCCCCUUAGUGGGUGGUUAUGAACUGACAGCAAUAGAUAUGAAGGGGAAGGAUGUCAGACUCUUCUUCAGUGCCUCUCAAGCUUAGGGCGCACGUGGAUUUGAUGACUUAUGUGCCUAUGGGCACGUCUCACCAUUGAACUGCCUCUUUGCCAGCCCUUACUUUGGCAUCUUUGUUUCCUUCAUAACGUACAUUAAAAAUGUUGUGUCAUUCAAUUGGGUGUGGGGUUUUUUGGAUAGAAAAUUGUGCUUUGAGCUAUUUGUUUUGGCUGGGCUGAGACUGGAGAUAGGAGAAAGAAAGGGGGUGUGUGCUUGGAAGUCGAUAGCACAGCAUUCUGUUAAGAAAGGGCAAAUUCCCAUGGCCCAUGUGAAGUCCUCCUUUUUUGUCCACACUGCACAUUUUAAACUAAUUUUAUCCAUGGAUUCUCGGAAGAGGUGCUUCCCCACAACAGGAGUUUCUCAGUACUCCUAAAAAGAAAGCCAUGGUAAUUUAACUUCCUUAUUUUUGGUGUAUAUCUGUGACUUGGGAAUGCCUAUCAAGGGGCCACUGUGUUACCCUUCUGUUUCACCAUGUAAUAGUAGAUAAGGUGAAUUUCUUUCGGAUUUUUUUCAGAAUUCUGCAUUCUCCAUACUUUCAUACAAGUCAAUCUGGCACUGAACACCCAAGAACAAUGUGUAAAAUGUGAUAGUUGCCCUGCUGGUGUAUUUGAGAACAUUGGGUUCAAUGGGUAAAAUCUUCCAAACUCAUCUCUCAGCCAUCAAUUGAAACAGCAGAUACUUAUUCUCAAUCAAUCCAACCACUGAUCCAUUUAGCUCACUAUAGCCUGGGUGGGUAGAGUUUAAGAUCUAUUGGUUGAUGUACAAAAGAUUAGCAAGGAUUUCCAAUAUCCAGUGGUGUAAAUUUGGGGGGAAACCAAACCUCACCUCCUUAAUUAAGUUGUUUAAAAUAAAGAAACCUUGUGGAAAAA